GAGAGAGAGAGAGAGAGAGAGAGAGAGCUAACGCUAGAUCAGCCACACUGCUAGCACUGCAGCCGUGUGAGCUUUUAUCUGCCUCCAAAGCUAAACUUAACUUAUUAACACGACUGGGGGAAAUAUUAUGCAUUCGAUGCACCUUUUUAUUUGUUCGUAACUCUGUAUUGCCAGUUGGGGGAGUUUGCAUCAGUGCAGGACGGUGUUAUUUGUUUCCGAUCAGAGCAGUUGAGCUGAGUUAGCUUAGCUAUAGCGAGCCCAAGUUCUUUCAAGCAGCUUUGCGUUUCGCUGUCAAGAUGCCUGCGAUGUUAGAGAAGGGCACCGCUGAGAUAUCGGGUAAAAGAAGGGGUAGAAACUCUGUGAAUAAUACGAUCAAAAGUUUUACUUCAAAUGGGAACAGCAACAAUUCAUGGGAGGAAGGAAGUUCGGGUUCCUCAAGUGAUGACGAGCAUGGUGCAGGAGGGAUGCGAGUUGGACCGCAUUAUCAGGCAGUUGUUCCCGAUUAUGAUACCGAGGUAGCACAGGCAAGCCAGGAGAGAGAUAAUCUGGGAAUGCUGGUGUGGUUUCCAAAUCCAAGUAUACCAGAGCCCAAAUUGGAUGAGUAUAUUGCAAUAGCCAAAGAAAAACAUGGGUACAAUAUGGAGCAGGCAUUGGGCAUGCUGUUUUGGCACAAACACAACAUUGAAAAAUCUUUGGCAGAUCUCCCCAACUUCACCCCUUUUCCAGAUGAGUGGACAGUUGAAGACAAGGUGCUGUUUGAACAGGGUUUCAGCUUUCAUGGAAAGACGUUUCACCGCAUCCAGCAGAUGCUUCCAGACAAGUCAAUUGCAAGCCUGGUUAGAUUCUAUUACUCGUGGAAGAAAACACGCAGCAAAACGAGUGUGAUGGACCGCCAUGCACGUAAACAGAAGAGAGACAGAGAGGAGAGUGAUGAUGGAGAAGAAAAUAGUUGCAUCUCUCCAGGGGAUGCUGAAUUUGAGCCAAAUAAGGACGAGAAGAAAGAGGGAACAUCUGGACCUGAGAAACAAGAUUCAAAACCUGCAGUUGUGCCGAAGCCAGCCAAUCUUGCAGAGAAGUCAAUGCAUGUUAAGAAGGAACCACAAGGAAUUGCUGGAAGGAACCUACACAGGGCAAAGAAGAAACCUCCUAAAGGAAUGUAUUUAAACUCUGAUGAUGUGGCGGCAAUGUCUAGCAGCGGCUCAGCCGCAGUUAGUGUUCUGAGACAGCUGGAUAUGGAGCUCAUUGCCAUAAAACGACAGAUUCAGAGCAUCAAACAGCACAAUAGUGCCCUCAGAGAAAAGCUGGACACAGGCUUGGAUGAGUUUAAGCCAACUGAGGCUAAUCAGAAAUGUAAUACCCGCUGGACCACAGAAGAGCAGCUGCUUGCAGUACAAGCUAUAAGGAAGUAUGGGCGGGAUUUCCAAGCCAUUUCUGAUGUGAUCGGCAACAAAUCUGUGGUUCAAGUGAAAAACUUCUUUGUGAAUUAUCGGCGUCGUUUCAACCUGGAUGAGGUACUGCAGGAGUGGGAAGCUGAGCAUGGCGUGGAGGGACGCAAGGGUUUAGAUGAAGAGAAGAUGGAGGUGUCAUCCGAAGAGGGGACCACCCCGGUGCCUUCAGAAAACCAGACAGAGGAACCAACGGCAAUGGAAACACAGAACCCUUCAGUUUCCUGAGUUCUCCAACAGUGGUCAGACGAGCUCAGAUAAGUUAAUAUCGCAGCUGUGCGUAAGAGGCAUUAAGGCUUCAACUGCCUCAAGUGAAGUCUCUUCGUAAUGGGACAUUCCUCCCCCCAUCCCGGUCCCUCCAACUCCCACCCCCCUAUUGAACCCAGGACUCUCACAGGUGCAACCGCAUAGGAGUGCAAACUUCACAAAGAUACUCUACGGAACUAGGAUCGUCACUGCCAACAGAAGUAGAAUUCCUGUCUGGUCUCUACCAAUCUGGUGCUCCAACAGUUAUAUUCUCCCCAAUCUGUAAUUGGUCUGUUAUGGGGGGAAUAAAAUACCCACAUACCCAUCCCAACGUCAUUGGACAGUGAAUUGUGGUCUUGAAAGAACUUUUGUCUGAUGUCACUUGACCAUCUCUCUUUCUUGAUAUAUUCAUAGGACUUUGACUUGGUCCUAGUCCAGCAUUCCUUUCCAGUUACUUUUUUGUUACUGUAGCAUAUUUUAAAAUAGUUUUUUUUUUUGGGGGGGGGUUAAUUGAUCUCUGGUUGGAUUAAGCUAUUUAUUUGCAUAAAAUUACAAGAACUGCACUGUAUAAAUAAAAUUAAAUGCCAGUGUAGAUGAAAUUGAAGUAAUUAUAAUGCCAAUUUUUUUAAUGCCAAUUUAAAUAUAUAUGGUUUGCAGCUCUUAUAUUUAAGUGAGUUGGUUUAGUAUUAGGUCGUAAAAUAUA